CAGCUGCGUCCCCGCCGCUCAGCAGUCCGCGGCUCCGGCGUCGCCGCCGCCGCCGCCUCUGCGGGGCCUGCGCCGGCCGCCCGCUCGGCCGCCCGGCCGCGGGGAGGGAGGCCCGCAGCGCGGGAAGAGCGGCCCAGUCGCGGGCGCCGCCACCGCCGCCGCUGCCAGGACUGAAAUGCAACUCCAAAAGCAACAUGCGACCCUUUAAAGAUGCUUGUGGGACUGCAUAAAGUGAAGAGGGAAACUGGAGAAAACAAUGAAGUAAGGAAAAACAUUUAUCACCAUCCAGCCACUGUAGAUACAUUUGAGUGGCAGUGUCUCUGCCAUCCCUUCAUACCCAGUACCUUCCCUGCCUGAACUCCUCAUUGAGGGCAAGACCUUUAUCCCCAGGAUCUAAACCAGUGCUGGACAAUAGAUGCUCAAUUGAAUAGGGAAAACCUGCUUUCUGCAAACAACUGAAAAAACUGCACUUAGAAACUGUUUCUUUGGCUCUCACUGGGAAGCUGGAACUUGUAUUGUGAAGCCCCUGAUGGGACAAGCUCUGAACUGCUGAUCACCCAGUGAUUGUCACCAUGGCCAGCAAGAGGAAAUCCACCACACCAUGCAUGAUCCCAGUGAAGACAGUGGUGCUGCAGGAUGCCAGCAUGGAGGCCCAGCCCACUGAGACCUUGCCUGAAGGACCCCAGCAGGAUCUACCCCCAGAAGCACCUGCUGCCAACAGUGAGGCAGCCCAGAACCCCAGCAGUACUGAUGGCUCUGCACUAGCCAAUGGGCAUCGGAGCACUUUAGAUGGCUAUUUAUAUUCCUGUAAAUACUGCAGUUUCAGAUCCCAUGACAUGAGCCAAUUUGUGGGACAUAUGAACUCAGAGCACACAGACUUUAAUAAAGACCCAACUUUUGUAUGCAGUGGGUGCAGUUUUCUGGCAAAAACCCCUGAGGGGCUUUCGUUGCAUAAUGCCACGUGUCACUCAGGGGAAGCCAGCUUUGUGUGGAAUGUGGCCAAGCCAGACAAUCAUGUGGUUGUGGAGCAGAGCGUCCCUGAGAGCACCAGCACUCCUGACCUAGCAGGUGAACCCAGUGCUGAAGGGACUGAUGGACAGGCAGAAAUCAUCAUUACCAAAACUCCAAUCAUGAAGAUAAUGAAAGGCAAAGCUGAAGCCAAAAAAAUUCAUACUCUCAAGGAGAAUGUCCCUAGCCAGCCUGUGGGUGAGGCCUUACCGAAGCUGUCGACUGGAGAAAUGGAGGUGAGAGAGGGGGACCAAUCUUUCAUCAAUGGGGCAGUUCCAGUCAGCCAGGCAUCUGCCAGCUCUGCAAAAAACCCCCAUGCCACCAACGGGCCCCUGAUAGGAACAGUGCCAGUUUUGCCAGCUGGCAUAGCACAGUUCCUCUCUCUCCAGCAGCAGCCCCCAGUGCAUGCCCAACACCAUGCCCAACAGUCACUACCCACGGCCAAGGCCCUUCCCAAAGUGAUGAUCCCCCUGAGCAGCAUUCCAACGUACAACGCAGCCAUGGACUCGAACAGCUUCCUGAAGAACUCCUUCCACAAGUUCCCCUACCCAACCAAAGCUGAGCUCUGCUAUUUGACUGUGGUGACCAAGUAUCCAGAAGAACAGCUCAAGAUCUGGUUCACAGCCCAAAGGCUAAAGCAGGGGAUCAGCUGGUCCCCUGAGGAGAUUGAGGAUGCCCGGAAAAAGAUGUUCAAUACAGUCAUCCAGUCUGUGCCUCAGCCCACAAUUACGGUUCUAAAUACCCCACUGGUCGCCAGUGCUGGCAAUGUCCAGCAUCUCAUCCAGGCUGCUCUCCCAGGUCACGUUGUAGGGCAGCCAGAGGGCACAGGAGGGGGACUUCUGGUCACUCAGCCAUUGAUGGCCAAUGGGGUGCAAGCAACAAGUUCCUCUCUCCCCCUCACAGUGACAUCUGUCCCCAAGCAGCCAGGUGUGGCACCCAUUAACACUGUGUGUUCAAAUACAACAUCAGCUGUGAAGGUGGUCAAUGCAGCCCAGUCGCUCCUCACAGCCUGCCCCAGCAUAACCUCCCAAGCCUUCCUUGAUGCUAGCAUCUACAAAAAUAAGAAAUCUCACGAACAGCUGUCAGCUCUGAAAGGGAGCUUCUGUCGGAACCAGUUCCCAGGGCAGAGCGAAGUUGAGCAUCUCACCAAAGUGACCGGCCUCAGUACCAGAGAGGUGCGGAAAUGGUUCAGUGAUCGUAGAUACCACUGCCGGAACUUGAAGGGCUCCAGAGCGAUGAUGCCUGGGGAUCACAGCUCCAUCAUCGUUGACUCUGUGCCAGAGGUCUCCUUCUCCCCAUCGUCCAAGGUCCCUGAGGUCACCUGCAUCCCAACAACAGCCACAGCAGCAACCCACCCUUCUGCCAAACGACAAUCUUGGCACCAGACUCCUGACUUCACACCAACCAAAUACAAGGAGAGAGCCCCUGAGCAACUCAGAGCCCUGGAGAGCAGUUUUGCACAAAACCCUCUUCCUCUUGAUGAGGAACUAGACCGCCUGAGAAGUGAAACUAAAAUGACCCGAAGAGAAAUUGAUAGCUGGUUUUCAGAGAGACGGAAAAAAGUGAAUGCUGAGGAGACCAAGAAGGCUGAGGAGAAUGCCUCUCAGGAGGAAGAGGAGGCUGCUGAGGAUGAGGGUGGAGAAGAGGAUUUGGCCAGUGAGCUAAGGGUCUCUGGUGAAAAUGGCUCUCUGGAAAUGCCCAGCAGCCAUAUCUUGGGAGAGCGCAAAGUCAGCCCCAUUAAAAUCAAUCUGAAGAACCUGCGGGUCACUGAAGCCAAUGGCAGGAAUGAGAUUCCAGGGCUGGGUGCCUGUGACCCAGAAGAUGAUGGGUCAGACAAACUGGCAGAGCAGCUCCCAGGCAAAGUGAGCUGCAAAAAGACUGCGCAGCAGCGGCACUUGCUACGGCAGCUCUUUGUCCAGACACAGUGGCCGAGCAACCAAGACUAUGACUCCAUAAUGGCCCAGACGGGUCUGCCCCGGCCAGAGGUGGUGCGCUGGUUUGGAGACAGCAGGUACGCACUGAAGAAUGGCCAACUCAAGUGGUACGAGGACUAUAAGCGAGGCAACUUCCCACCAGGGCUACUGGUCAUUGCCCCUGGCAACCGGGAGCUUCUGCAGGACUAUUUCAUGACACACAAGAUGCUGUACGAAGAGGACCUGCAGAACCUCUGUGACAAGACCCAGAUGAGCUCCCAGCAGGUCAAGCAGUGGUUUGCUGAGAAAAUGGGGGAGGAGACCCGAGCCAUGGCAGACACAGGCGUUGAGGACCAGGGCCUUGGUACUGGUGAGCUCACAGCAGUUCACAAAGGGAUGGGUGACACCUAUUCAGAGGUGUCUGAGAACAGUGAAUCGUGGGAGCCCAGUGUCCCUGAGGCCAGCUCAGAGCCCUUUGACACAUCGAGUCCCCAGGCUGGACAUCAGCUCGAAACAGACUGAAUUUGAUCUGAUUAAUGUGAAGGACUGGCCAGUCUGGGAUACCACCUGCCACGUGGAAGAGCCAAACCCAACUCUCUGCUGCCACAUGCCGUUCCCAUGCCCGGCUGCUGGGCACCUGAGAAAGCUUCCGGAGUCCUCGCAGACAGUCCAGAGCCUGCCGCUAUCCUUGGCCUGCUCACCACCAAGCAAGCAGCAAGAAAGACAGGGUUCUCAUCAGUUCUUCCUCCCACAAUGUAGGACCUUUCCUUUACCUUCCAAUGGAUAAAAUAGUUCAGAUUUCAUAUUCAUAUUCAUAGACACAGAAUCAAGUUUUUAACGUAUACAUCCGCCUAUAUAUGUUGAAUAAAAUAUCAGAUUAUCAACACUGUCAUUACAUAGAAGCUUUGGUUAGCCAAGCAGUGCAUUGUCCUUUACAUCAUCUCUCAAAAUGACCUGUGUCUGUUCUCUGGGGAUCGCUGGGUCGCAGGUGCCCCUCACCUUCCACAGUCAGGCAGGGAAGUUACAGGCACACUCAAAGCUACGUCUGGAACCCCUUGGUGCCACCUUUGUGUUCCUCAAGGAAGCAAUACCUUUGAAGGGAUCUCUGCUGCAUUAAAUGGUGACCAGCUAACAUUUCAUGCCAGGCUUGGUUUGCCUUGUGGGCUACUCAGUGCAGAACUUGCUGUAACCCUCUGUUCAAAAAAUGGACUGGCAAUGUGAUUAAUGUUGAAUGCUUUACCACUUUCUUUAGUUGUUACCGUAAUUCUGCUUUUUCACGGGAGUUUGAAUCAUGGACCCUAACUUAUCAGUUACCAGAUCAACUGAGGAAACAUGUGUUGUUAAGCCUAAUAUGCUGACCUAUGUGCCUGCAAUUUUUUUUUUUUUUUAAAUCUAGACAUGUUUGGAGUGAGAGGAAGAUGGAAAAAAGAAAUGAGGUGGGGAUGUAAGUGGAAGUCUAUAGCCACCGCCUGUAGCUUUGACUACUGCGGUUUUCAGAGCCCUUUCUCCGCAUUCAUUUCAGAGCCUCCUAUGUUUGGGAAGGAAGAACACACUGGCCCAUUAGUAAAAGUGAAGGCUGAAGGGAUUUGUUCACUUCUUGGAAUUGUCAGAGGUAGGGUGGUCUUUAGCACAAACACUUGCAUGCAGGGGUCCCUGGCAGGACACCCAGAGUGCCCCUGGCUCCCACCCCAGGGCCUGGCUGGUGUGCUGGAUGCAUGCCCGAGGGUGCUGGGCAUCACUGGUCCUUGUGAGGAUGCUUUCAAAAUUCUAUAUUUGUAUCCCCAAACUUGGAAACAAAAACUCUACUUUAGCCUAACCCUCAUGUCCUUUUUUGAAUUGAGAAAAUUACAGGAAAGGGUGCCUUUGAAAAUUAGAAAACAUGCUUACAGAGCUGUACUAAAUGGUAAAUCCCCAAUUUCCCCAAGACCGGCUGCUCUGAGACUGGCUGGUAAAGAGGGGUGAACUAAAGACCUGUCCACCUAUAGCUCCGCUCACCUCUGAGAAACCACCUGCUUCCAAGAGUGCCAAGCCACAGGUGCCAGGCCUUGUUGGCACAGACACCUCCUGGGCUGGCUGGGUGACAGUGCUAGAAGACCCCAGAGAGAGGGCAGGGGCUUUGGGCAAGAAGCACUGGUGGUGGUUUAGGAACCGUCCUUCUCCCUCACCCCAAGGAAUUAGACCUGGCAGGGCAGCAUUCUCAUGUGGCUCCAAAGACAAGCAUGGUGGUAGCCCCUCCUGCCUUCCAGGAGAGGGCUUCUUUGGAAACCAAAAUCAUGUUCUUCUAAAGUGUCAUCUUCUGCCCUCCCUGUCCCAAUAGGGACCACAUCUUAUUUCUUUCAAACAGGGACUGUAAGUACUUAGCAAGUUUUGCAGCCUAUUUUUGUAUUCUUACCAUUUGGGGAGUGAAGAUUUUUUGUCUCAAAAACCUUUGAGGAAUUGCCAGGAAUGGGGAGUGAUUGCUUUCCUCCAGAGAACAGACACUUGGAAUUUCUCCUUGUAGUGUUUAUGUACAUGCAGAUUAAUUUAUACACACACACACACACACACACACACACACACACACACACAGUAUAAUCAUUUGUUCUCAUAAAACGUACAUCUGGCGUGUGCAUUUGAGAAACUUGGUGGCACACAGAUGUUGGGGAAUUAGCCUGUGAUGGAGGGAUGCCAGUGCACUAGGUGGCUGGGGUGGAAGCCAUCUCCAGGUGUCUGAGAAACCACCCAGUGCCUCACCUCCAAAUCCUGCUGGCAUCACCUCCAGAGCCCUGCAUGCACUGGCUGAGGAGUUGGUCUGUGGAAAGGAUUUUAUUGGUUAUUUGUAUUCACAUUUAAUUUACAACCCAAACAGCAAAACGCAGUUGAUGGACAAGUUCACGCAGGACAGAGAGUGUCCCAGCCAUGGGCACCAGCUCAUCUUUCAGGAGGAAAAGUACAGUGCUGCCUGCCCUGGCAUGUUUUUCUUACAGAUGUUGGCCCUGCCUAACAGCCAGGGCUACACCACAAAAGGCAAGAAUGCCCAUGUAAGGAGCCCAGCAGGCUGGACAGACCCUUCUUCCCCUCCUCUUGGAUGCGAAUGAGUGAGUAUGGUCUAGACCUUAUCCUUGAAAGAUGAUCAAAAGUGAUGAUGAGGGAGGCAGUCGUCAGGCAGGUGCUUAAAGGGACAUUGCAGGAGGUACUCAAGGGUUUGCGGGCAAAACCCUGAAUGCAGCCAGUCGUUCACAGAGGCACACCCACACUAGCCCAGUGGCAGUGGGGGAUGUGGGGUGGCAGCCAGGUAUGUAGCCCUGUCACAAGACAGCUCACUGUGGUUUUGCAUACUGCUGAAGGGAUAAGUUGUGUUGUUGCCAUCAGUAGAAGGUAUUUGUGGGCUGCAGAGUUGAGAGGUGGAUGGUGUUAGCCUCUUCAGAAGAAAAGCCUAUAAAAAGUGGCUACUUAUCUCUUUUCUCUGUAUGCAGUUGGAUUUGUCAGAGAUAGUAAAAUCAUCUUUUAGUGUU